GUGAGCUUCUUAAUCAUCGUACUCCAUAUAAUUUUUUGUUAGGGAUAUAACUACUAUCCGGAUCAUUUACUUCUUAUUGUCACAUUUAUUCAUUUCACAAAUCCUUAUUUUCCUAGAGUUGGGAACAAUGGACAUGCUUCAAGAAUUUCAUAUGAACAAAGGUCAAGGUGAAGACAGUUACGCAAAGAAUUGCAAUGUUCAGAACAAUAUAUUAUCCGUAACAAAGUCAUUUGUAGAAGAAGCCAUACAAGGCUACUUUGACAAUGAUUUUCCUGAAACCAUGGCCAUCGCGGACCUUGGUUGCUCGUCCGGACCCACCGCCCUAGCGGCAGUGUCGGAGAUCAUGGACAUGGUUAAUGCAAGAUGCCUUAGAAUGGACCGAAAUUCGGCAUCACCCAAGUUUAUGGUGUUUUUGAAUGAUUUACCAGGAAAUGAUUUCAAUGGGGUUUUUGCAUCACUCUCUAGUUUCCAAAAGAAGUUGAAAGAAGAGAAGGGUAAUGAUUUUGGGCCUUGCUUUAUAGCAGGUCUCCCUGGGACGUUCUAUGGGAGGUUGCUUCCUACCAACACUUUGCAUUUUGUUCACUCUUCUUGUAGCUUGCAUUGGCUAUCUCAGGUUCCACCAGGUUUGGAUGGCAAAGAUAAUCCAAUGAUGCAAAACAAAGGAAAGAUGUAUGCAUCAGUGACUAGCCCAAGUGAAGUGGUUGAUGCAUACAAGUUGCAAUUCCGAAAGGAUUUUCUUUUAUUUCUAAAAUCUCGUGCUGAAGAAAUGAUUUCAGGGGGGCGUAUGGUGUUAACAUUGAUGGGCAGGAGAUUAAAUGAUCCCAUAUCUUACUAUCCUUGGGAGUUCCUUUCCCAAUGUCUUAUGAACCUAGUUUCCGAGGGGAUUAUCGAAGAGGAGAAAGUGAAUAGCUUCAAUGUGCCAUUUUAUGCACCUUAUGUUGAAGAAUUAAAGCAAUUGGUUGAAGAAGAAUCGUCAUUUUUCGGCUAUCGUUUCGGAAGUUUUGAAGUGGAAUGGGAUGGACAUGAACAUGUGAAACAUAACAACAAUGAAUUAUUUCAUAGUUGUGAGGUUCUUACACAAGGAGAAAGAAUAGCCAAAAUGCAUAGAGCUGUGAUCGGGUCAAUGCUCGAACACUUUUUUGGAGGAGAAAUUAUGGAUGAGCUUUUCCAUAGGUAUAGUAGGGUUUGGGAUGAUCACCUAACUCAUAAACCUGAUUCCAAAUGUUUGAGUUUAGUCGUUUCCUUAAUAAGAAAUUAAAUCUAGGGAGUAUGCUUACAAACAAAGUUUUCAUUUGUAAUACAAGAAUACGGCUAUGUUUAGUUCACCUGAAAUUUUCUGAUAUGAACUUAUCUGAUCUGAUCUAAACUUAUUUUUUCUGAUCUGAUCUGAUCUGAUCUGAACUGAUCUGAUAACAAGAUCUUAUCUUUUAGAUUUUUCUCAAUAUAUAAGAAAAAAUAUAGUCA